GUGCAUUUCAAAACAUCCUACCUCAAUGGUAGAAGUUUCAAAGUUGACUAAUUAUGGCACAAGCUGUGAGGCUACACGGUAACAGAAAAGCAAAAAUCUUGACAGAUUCACUCCUUCACAAAAGAGACAGUCCUUUUAGAUUUAAAGGACUCACAAAAGAUGGAGACUUCACAGAGGUCUCCCGUUCUGUCAUCCUGUCUGAUCUCAAUAAUAGUUGUGCUGAAUAUCAUCUUGUGGAUGUUUCUAAUGUCAGCAGUUGGAUUAGGGGCUAUGCACCUACAUGACUGCCCCUUACAGCCUUAUAUCCCCAUCUACCUGCUGGUGAUCGGGCUGACGUCCAUCGCCUCCCUGCUCCUAGCCUACCUCAAUAACACACUGGAGACUGGCUUCCUGAACCUACUGUGUUCCUCCUGCAUCUUCCUCCUCCAACUCUUCAACCUCGGCUGGUUCAUCACAGGGAGUGAGUGGGUCUACUCCAUAUAUCCCCCGAACUAUGACACGAACAGUGGAGAGAAGUACUGUCAGAGGAAGAUAUACCUGUUUGCUUUCUGGUUCAACAGCCUGGGCAGCAUCUGUAUGGCUGUGGUGUUCUUCUGUGGAGUGUUCUUCAUCUUCCUUACCUGUGUGAAAAUGGCAUUUAGGGGACACCAUCUACUCCAUUCACAUAAGAGAUCGUAUGGUGUGGACGCUUGAGAACUCCGUGGCACAGAAACCUCACUAACAUGGUUUUGCUGUUCUGUCUGUUUGUCUGUCUGUCUGUCUGUCUGUCUGUCUGUCUGUCUGUCUGUCUGUCUGUCUGUCUGUCUGUCUGUCUGUCUGUCUGUCUGUCUGUCUGUCUGUCUGUCUGUCUGUCUGUGUGUCUGUGGUGCCUGGAGAAGUGGGUAUACAAUAAUGUUCCCAAAUGUUCUGCCCAGUGAAGGAAAGUCGCACUGUGUGAAAAAUUGUUUUCCCAUAGUUUUUCCAGGUAUUCACUCUCAAUUGCAAUUCUUCUUUUUUUUACCAUAUCAGGAGACAAUUUUUGGGGUCUGGAAAAAAAUCUAAAAAUCUAUAUUUGGGGAGGUGUAGUUGCCAUUUAAUUCAGUUUCACACCAAGCAAGAUACAUUUUGGCUAGCGGGGUUUCUGUAGCCUAGUGUACAACGUACAGUUGAAGUCAGAAGUUUACAUACACUUAGGUUAGAGUCAUUAAAACCUCAUUUUUCAACCACUCCACAAAUUUCUUGUUCACAAACUAUAGUUUUGGCAAGUCGGU